AUGUCCAGCGACUCCAAGGCCCCCGCUGAGGCACCCUACGACCCGCCCCCGUCAUUCCAAGAGACCAUGGCCGCAGACCCUCCAAUCUUUAAGACGCAAUUCGCCUGCAUCACAUUCAACAUGCAUAACCGCCUCAGAUUCAUCAACUUCCAUGAGUCAGAAGUCGUUAGACUCAAAGAAGCCAUCAAGGCCUCUUGGAAGCCUGGCGUCGUGCAGACUCGGCCGUAUGGAGAGGCUACUGAGAUGUGGCUCCGCGGAUCACCGUGGAUAUAUAAUUCUGACGGGGUUGAUGAUGCGAGACUAUUGUUGCUGGUUAUUCUGGAGGGGCUGUUUGAUAUGGGAUGGGUUCUGCAGGGUUCGAUGGAUGUUGUAAAGAAAUCUGAGAGUAAAGACUCUCUCAUCUUUCGCAAACAAGACCCCGUACCACCGCCGUGCGACUGGCUCUGCAUGUCCUUCGACAACAACGACAAACUCAAGAUCGUCGGCGGUCCUCCACCAGACCUCAGCGAAGCAGUGCAGCAACUGUUCAAAGGCGAGAUCCGCCGACGAGAAGUGACAUCUGAGCGUCUCAAGAUUCACCUCGCCGGAUUACCAUGGAGUCCUUCCGGCACCGACACUGUCAAGACGCAGAUUACGCUGCUGAGGCUGAUCGAGACGUUUGAGAGGUAUGGGUUUACGAUUUAUGCGACGGUUGGGUCGGACGAGGGGUCGACGGAUGUGUUGGUUUGUCAGAGGCAGAAGGAUUGGGUUCCUGGGGCGCCUAUAUGGCAUCGUUAG